UUCGCUGUAGUUAUGAACUAUGUUUUAGAUUUCUAAUAAAAUAGCUACAUUAAAUCGAGUACAAUGGUAAAUCUGAUCUGUUUAUUAAAGGUAAAUACUAUCACAUCAGUGGUAUCUAACGUGUUAGCCAGUUAGCCUACAGGUCAGUAUUUGCUCUGGAGCUGAUGUUAUUGAAGAUUAACAGAUCUGUAACAGUAAGACUUAACAGUAAGACUUAGUGAUGUGGAAUCAACUUUGUUUAAAAGUAAUUAUCAAUGGAAAUUCAGUGUUUAGAGGAUUUUGUCAGAGAUGCAUUAGAGGAAAGUUCACAUCAUGUUUUAAUCAAAGUGGUGCAUGUCACAGUACAUCAGUUUUGACACAGACCGGCUGUGUCUCAAAUCCACCUUGGAGAAUUCUCUUCUUUGGGAGUGAUGAUUUUGCAGUGGAGUCUCUUAAACGCCUUCAUGCAUCCAGAGCCAAUGGCACAGAGUCAGUGGUGGAUUUACUCGAGGUGGUCACCCUGUCCAGAAGUGUCCCUGUGAGAAAGUUUGCGGAGCAGCAUGAGCUUAGAGUUCAUGAGUGGCCAAACGUGGACUUGAGUAGGCAGUUUGAUGUGGGUGUGGUGGUCUCGUUCGGCUGCCUACUUCAAGAGAAUCUUAUCAACAAGCUGCCAUAUGGGAUCCUUAAUGUGCACCCCAGCCUCCUACCUAGAUGGCGAGGGCCUGCUCCUGUUUUUCACACAAUUCUACAUGGAGACAAACUCACUGGAGUCACCAUCAUGCAGAUUAGACCAAAGAGGUUUGAUGUGGGGCCGAUACUUAGUCAGGAACUAUACGAGGUUCCUGAACACUGCACUGCUGAUGAGCUCGGAUCCACUUUGGCUGUAAUGGGAGCUCGACUGUUAAUAGACACACUGAGAAAGCUACCAGAAAGAAUUGCAAGUAGAAGAGAGCAGGCUACAGAGGGGGCCACAUUUGCUCCUAAAAUCAGUUCUUCAUUGAGUUGGCUUGUUUGGGAGGAGCAGACUUGUGACCAGAUCAGUCAACUGUAUCGUGCUAUAGGCUCUCGGGUUCCUCUGAGAACCUUGUGGAUGGGUCAGACAGUCAGACUUUUAGACUUUGUUGGAAAAUGCAAUGUGCCAUUCACAGAAAAGUCUAAUUCCAGUUCAGUGCCAGGGUCCAUUUAUUACCAAAAAGAAUCAGCGACUCUACUCAUCUGUUGCAAGGAUGGCUGGGUUGGAUUCAAAACAGUAAUGUUGAAGAAAAGAUUGUCAGCAGCAGAUUUCUUCAAUGGGUAUCUUCAUCAGAGUGUUUUAAAGAAAUCACCAGUCCAGAACAACUGCCGGUUUCUGAGCUACAGAGAGAAACCUGAACAUUUUCCAUCAUCACACAGGAAAAAGUGCAGACAUUAAACCUCAACUGUGAGCACAGAUAAAAAAUAUUUAUUAUUAACAGUCUGCAAAUAAUUGUCUGUUUUAAGACAGUGAUCAUUGCUGCUAUGCUGACAUACAGCACUACUGUUGAAGCUCUGUAUAUAUGUUUAUGAAUGUGACUAAUUUAAUGAAGCAGUAGCUUUAAAAAACUUUGGUAAUUUGUGUGUUUUUUUUUUUUAUCAAUUGACACAUUUUAAAAUGUCAGAGAACAGAGUUUGCCAUGUAAUGACAGAAUGGAUGCUGAGCUGCUGGUGGUUCCUUGUUGAUCUUGCUUUCAUAUUUUAGUUAUAAAUAUACUGCUAGUAUGACUGACCACAUAAAUGUAAGGGGUUUAGCACUGAUGCAAAUCGAACAGUCAAAAUACAAAUGAUUAAGUACAGUCAUUUAAACAUAAGUGACUAAGUGGUUUACAAGCCAGAUCCAUAAGAUGCUCCUUAUCCCAAAAGUUUAGGAAAUUAAAAAAUUCUGACAAAACAUAACUAUGCAUAUUAAAGCAUAUUUAUUCAUAGUUGCCUAAUGUCCUCAACAUCUGAAUAAUUGUUUUAAUAAAGAAAAUCUA